UGCAAAGGUGGAGAAACGUGCGAUAAUGUUGACUGUGGACCCGGGAAGAGGUGCAAGAUAAACAGACGGAGUAAGCCGCGCUGUGUGUGCGCACCAGACUGUUCCAACAUCACCUGGAAAGGACCGGUCUGCGGCUCAGACGGGAAGACCUACAACGACGAAUGCGCAUUGCUGAAGGCUAAAUGUAAAGGUCAGCCCGACCUUGAUGUGCAGUACCAAGGAAAAUGCAAGAAAACGUGCCGUGACGUCCUGUGCCCAGGCAGCUCCACAUGCGUGGUAGACCAGACUAACAACGCAUACUGUGUGACGUGUAAUCGGAUUUGCCCCGAGGUGACGUCACCUGAGCAGUACCUGUGUGGCAACGACGGGAUCACCUACGCCAGCGCCUGCCACCUGAGGAGAGCGACGUGUCUCCUGGGCAGAUCUAUCGGAGUGGCCUAUGAGGGGAAAUGCAUCAGUAAGUCUGCGUCGACACCAAGUGCGAGUGAGACUGUGGUGUCUCCCAGCUUCUCUCUCUCUCUGAACAUAUAAGUGCACUUUUCUUCCUGGACAGAUCUGCAGAUUUUCACUGUUCAU